AUGAGCUACAAAGAUCUUCAACCGCCAGAACUGAAGACUCUGCCGGAGUUCAUGAGGGCCCCAAGCCCCCAGAUACGGUUCCACUCUCCGUUCCCGCCACUAACAACCACCAAGAGAGUGCGCUCGGUGAUGGAGAGAGCGGGUUUUGAGGUGUAUCGUCCAGACCGUCCCCGAUCCUCAGGCAACCGCUCGACGCCCAAUCUGAGCAGCCACAGAAACUUCACGGCGCCAGGAACGCUCGCUACACAGCGCCACCACGACUCUGAUCCCCAGAUCCAGCACAAAAUGAUGACGAAGGACGGAGACAAGAGCACAACCUCGCUGCCUCUUGACGCCGGGCUCGACCAGAUCAAACAGAGAACUGCCUCUGCCGGAGCGUCAUUCCCAAACACACGCAGAGACCCGCUGGCCAAAUUCCAGCUGGGAGACGCAUCUGUGGACACCAGCACAGGGUCAUUGGGGCACGCAUCCAAGCUGCCUUCUGCCGCAGAUCGUGCCAGUGCACACAGUGGCAGUCCCUCCAGACGCUCCAGAGGCCUAUCGGGUAUGUCUCAGGCGUCCGAGAAGUCUGGAAACUCUCUCAAUUUCGGACCAAAGCCCAUGGUUCCUCAAAUUAUCACGUCCUCUGCAAGCUCGCCAAUCCAUAGCACGUCUCCGGCGCCUACAUCCAAUCCGCCACCUCAGCCGCCACCAGACGUUUUGGCAACUCCUCCUCUGGGGCCCUCGACGUUGCAGCCUAACGAUACACCUCUGUCGAAGUCCACGAUGAACACGACGGAGGAGGAGUUCGAGGACGCCAAUUCGUCGAUCGACGCGUUCGACGCCAAGUUCGAGGCUGAGAAUGACGACUCGGUGGAACAGCUGCUUUCGAUGCGCAAGGAGCUGUCGCCAACUCUAAAGGUCGAUCUGCAGAUCCCGCAGCUGAACCCAAGACCGACAGACAGCAUGACAUCGUCCAUAUACAAUGCACAAGACAUCCAGAGGCUGAAUAAUAUGCAGAGCCCGGAGUUUAAGAUAUACAACACACAGGAGGACGACCGCCAGAACGACAUGUCGACGAUCCAGGAGGACACAGAGUACGACGAUAGCGUGGCACAGGUGACCAAUAGAAUGUCCAGGCUGGAGACCGGAAGCCAGAACUCGGUCAAGUCUCCGAAAAAAGCUCCUUCUGUCGUCAAAUUUAACCCGGGAGAAGGACCGUGCAGGAAAUGCGGGCUGCCAAUUGCAACGGGCCAGAAGUCGAUCUGGUCCAAGGACCAGCAGCUGUCUGGCCAGUGGCACAGAAAAUGUUUUUCGUGCACCACGUGUUCGAAGCCGUUCUCGAAAGGCGAGUCCUGCUACGUGCACCAGGAUUUCCCGUACUGCGAACUACACUUCCAUGAGAAAAACGGCUCGCUGUGCACUUUCUGUGGACAGGGAAUCGAAGGCGAGUGUCUGUCGAAUGAACAUGGCGAGUUGUUCCAUGUACACUGUUUAAGCUGUUCCGAGUGUGGAGUGACAAUCAGGACUGAUUACUUUGUUUUCCAGGACAAGAUCCUGUGCGAGAACGACGGAGCCAAAUUAUUAGGAGAGUCCGGCGGCUUGGACGAACGCACAGCAAGAAGACACACCCGGUUGUUGUACUUAUAA